CUCAUUUGGAAAUCAAAGUUACUUUCAGCGCACUUUCACACGUAGUUAAAGUCACAGAAGCACCGUGGACGUUAUUUGUUAAUUACGUGGUCUGCAAUCAAAAAGUUGAGAAACAAAAGGAGAAAAAGAUAAGGUAGAUGAAUCCAUGAUUGCUUGUGAGUUUCAGUUUUGGAAAAUGGGGUACCUGAGAAUUGUGUGUAGUUUGGUUUUUGUGUGUUUGAUCAAUCUUUGUGAGCCAAAACUUUUUGUGUUGCCUUCGAAUUGGACUGUUGUCAGUAACUCUAGCCUUGCAGCCCUUAAUACAGAGCAGGGGACAUUCAGUGCAGUCACAGAUGGUGAGGGGAAUCCCGUAAUGAGUGAGGAUAACAGAUUUCGGUUUGGAUUCAUCAAUGUUAAUUCUUCUGGUGAAUUUAUUCUCUCCAUUGUUUUGGUCGUGAAUACCACAUCCUCAGGUUUUGGAACUGAGAUUUGGACCGCAAAUAGGCAGAGGACCGUUGCAGAAGGUGCAGUGCUGAGUCUGGAGAGUAGUGGGGAUAUGAUAUUGAAAGAUACAGAUGGAACAGAGGCCUGGAAUAUCAGUACUGGUAAGACCCAAAACAAGACCAUUGCUAUGCAGAUGUCAGGUAAUUUGCAGAUCUAUAAUACUACAAAUUCUUCACUUUUUUCAAGUUCUAGUCUUGUAUGGCAGAGUUGGGACCAUCCUACACACACCCUCUUACCUGGGCAGAGUCUAAAGACUGGCUAUACGUUGGUAUCCAAUUACUCUGCAACAAGUGCCAGCCAAGGGUCUUAUAAGCUGGUUAUGGAGCCUGGAGGGAUGGUCCUGUACUACAAAAGCAUGUUUGAUGAACCUUAUUGGUCUCGGGGGCUGCCUGGAUUGGACUAUGGAGGCAUUCUAAGGCCAUGUUUCUAUCCUUCCUCGUCUCAGAAUGCCGAGGCCGUGUAUACAGGGCCAGAACUCCGAAUUUCAUUCAAUGAGUCUAUUGUCAAUUCAUCUACCUCCUGUUCAAAUGGAACCACUAGUUUGAAUCUGGCGCCUUCCCUUAAUGACACCCAAUAUAGGUUCCUGAGGCUGGACAUUGAUGGUAACCUCAGAUCAUACAUGAUACCACAAGUGCCAGGCACAAACAACAUUUCUUCAGCGUGGACUGCAGACUUUGGGUUAGAUCAAUCUGAAAAGUGUGUUCUUCCGAAAGUGUGUGGACCUAAUGGCAUCUGUAGGAGUGGCCAGUGCAGCUGUCCGGGCUCUGGAACACCUGAUGACUUUGAUCAAAUUCAGAUUUUUGAUGUCACCCAAGGGUGUCACAGCCGGACAGGUGAACCUGAUUGCAACCAAACUUCUGCGCAUCAUCAUUUUUUGCCGAUUGAUCAAGCAGAUUACUACCUAAAUGAGUUCUUCCUGCCUCUGAGGAAUGUGUCUACCGUCGACAACUGUAAAGCGAUGUGCUCAUCCAACUGCUCUUGCACCGCGGCCUUCUUCCACAAUAGCUCUGCGUCAUGUUACCUUUCAACUGGCCCCUUGAACUCCAUUAAAUCUGUGUCAAACCAGACGUACACGGCUUAUAUCAAGGUCCAGAAUAAUCUCCCACAAAACCAGACUUCAGCUUCGACUUCCUUGAGUACUGGCACCAUAGCAGGGAUAACGGUAGGCUCAGCUGCAGUAGCUCUCUUCCUGUGCCUGAUCAUCAUGGUAACCAUUCAGCAUAUGCGAAAGAAAAAAGUUAAUGAAGAUGACAUGUGUGAGGAAGAGAUUGACCUCGCAGAAAUGGAAGAGGAAGCAUUCUUAAAAACCCUUCCAGGUCUUCCCCCCAGAUUCACAUAUCAUGAACUCAAGGAAGCCACUGAUAACUUCAGAAAAAUUCUUGGAACAGGAGGAUUUGGAUCAGUCUAUGAAGGCAUUCUUAAAGAUAAUAGCAAAGUGGCAGUGAAAAAAUUAGAUGGGCCAAGGCAAGGAUAUAAGGAAUUCAGAGCUGAAGUUGCAACAAUAGGCAGCAUAAGCCAUUUGAAUCUGGUACGACUUAAAGGAUUUUGCGCAGACUCUAAGCAGAGGCUAUUGGUUUAUGAGCUUUUAGAAAAUGGGUCUCUGGAUAAGUGGCUGUUCCCACCCAGAACAGGAAGCCCAAAUUCAGAAGAAAACUGCAAUGUCUUUUUAACUUGGGAACAACGGUACAAUGUUGCAAUAGGGACUGCCCGAGGCCUAACCUAUCUGCAUGAGCAAUGCAGGGAGCCCAUCAUGCACUUAGACAUAAAACCUCAAAACAUUCUCCUGGACAAGAGCUUCACGCCCAAAGUCUCUGAUUUUGGCAUGUCUAAGCUCCUCAAUGAGGACAUAACCCAAAUUGUAACAGCAGUGAGAGGGACACCUGGUUACCUUGCUCCUGAAUGGCUAAGGUACUCCAUUGCCACUAAGAAAUGUGAUGUCUACAGCUUUGGGAUGGUGUUGCUAGAAUUGGUGUCUGGAAGGAGGAAUUUUGACGCUUCUGCUUCUGAUCCUCGCCUCUGUUAUUUCCCUGCAUGGGCAAUGCUCAGGGCCCUGGAGGGUAGGUACCUGGAACUGGUAGACCAGAGGCUAGAGAACAAUGUUGAUAGGGAGAAUGUUAUCAGGAUGACUAAGGUAGCAUUCUGGUGUAUUCAGGACAAUCCCGACAGGAGGCCAUGGAUGAGUGUUGCAUUGAAGAUGUUGGAAGGGGAGUGUAAUGUCCCUGAUGCACCUUUGUGGCUGGUGCAGAGAGGUCCAGAGUUUUUGGAAGAAUAUGGGUAUGAGCCUAUGGAGAGAGGUGAGGAGGAUUCGUCGGUUGGAAAUGAGACGGCAGAUGAGAGGGCAUAUGAUUCCAUUGCCGCCAUAUCCACCACAGAGCUAUCUGGUCCAAGAUAACGACAUCUACUUGUAGUCGUUAAACAUUUCUGUAUAGCUAAAGCAGUACAAGAUGGGAAGUUGGAUGCCACCUUUGAGAUAGAAAUUGGAGAGCAAUGGGAAUUUGCAUAAGCAAAAAUGGUCAUGCCUGAAAGAAAAACUGUGUAACAAUCUGUAGUUAUGUGCCCUGGAUGUUUCUGCCAUGAACAUCUUAUGCUGCUUGUAUUAAAUAUUGCUUAUCGUUAAAUCUCCUUUCCUUUUUCCCCAGUUGUCCAUUUGUUCUGUGACAAUAGAAAAUGGUCUCAUGUAUAUACAGAACUUCCACUCUAUUGCCCCCAUGGGAGGUAGUGAGGAGGAUUCGUUGUUCGGAAAUGUCAGGGCAUAUGAUUCCAUUCCCACAGUGGCAUUCAUAAACCUAUCUGGUCUAAGAUAAUGAUUUCUACUUGUACUUGGAACUUGACAUGAUGGGAAGUUGGGUGCCAACUUUGAGAUAAUAACUGCAUUGCAAAGGGCAUUAGCAUUGACAGAAACCUCCUGUCUUUGGGACAAAACUCCAUGAAUUCCGCUUUGAUUCAACCCUAAUGUGGACCCACAGCUCCCAUCUCCGGCCCAAACUGUUAACCGCUCAAGUUUAUAAUUAACUGCAACCCACUAAAUUUAUUUCGGGAGAUGCAGGAUUAUCAUUUUUGAAUUGUGCAGAAACUUAUGGCUUUAUAGUUUUGUAAUUUUCAGAAACAUUAUUAUUUAUUGUUUUAGAAAUCUUCUGUUUGUGUC